GAUAUUGAGCGUUCGGGGCGUCCUGCAGCAGCACGUCGUAGAAACCAUAGAAAGAUGCACGCCUCGCUGCUGCUCAGCUGCCUCGUCUUCGCUGCCGUACAUUUUUAUAUUGGCUUCGCCCACAUGAUCGUUGACGACCGACUUUCUACUAAAAAGACGUUCGCUUCCAUCGCCGUGUCUCAGAGCCUUCAGAUAGACACACCUCCUGUUGUUAUUGUGGAGUUAGCAAAAUCUGCGCAGAAGAAAGAGAAACCCAAAAAGCAAAAGAAGAGUAAGAUUGCUGUCAGGAAGCGACCUCCUCCUCCUGCAAACUGCACCCCGCUGUGGGGGAGCUGCAAGGCACCGGGCAAUGUGUGCUGUGACUUCUGCGCCUUCUGCCAGUGCCGGCUCUUCAAAACGGUCUGCUUCUGCCGGAUGGGCAACCCCAGCUGCUGA